AUGACUAACACACUCGCAUACAACAUAAAAUCAAACAUAGAAAGCAUGCAUCCUGAAGUAGAUAAAUGUUUUACGAAGGGUUUCUUGCUUACAUUCCACAUAGAUACUUGCGGUUUUUACAAACUUGAUAAGCGAAGUUUAUUGUGCAUUAAAAAUUAUGACUUCACGUGUUACGAGAAGUUGGACAAAAAAUAA